AUGUUCACCUUUCCAGCAGUUGCGUUUCUGGCUCUUCUAAGUGCAUCAUAUGGAGAUAUCUGCAACCUCAACAAUGGAAUGACCGAUGAGGCCAGAAAUACGCUUCUAAGAAUGCACAACAAGUUUCGCUAUGUUUCUCUCAUCACAUGCAAGGUCAAACCAUCCUCGGCUGGUAGGGCAAAAGCCGCAGGUGAAUUCGGUGGUUUUGCAUCAAAGGCCGCAAAAAUGAUGAAAUUGGUUUUGAAUCCUAGGGAACUGAGGAUCGUUCUACGUGCGGAAAGAAGUAUGACGAGCUGGUUGGACCAAUGUCAUUGGGUCCACUCUUCUAUCGAAGAUGUCGGAGAGAACAUCUACAUGACGACGAAGACUAAGGAAAAUAUGACAGUAAGAAUAUCCAAAUACAACAAUUUCGACGAGUUCGGCAGCAUCCCUUUUCACAGCACUACUGAAUGGUUCCAUGAGCUAAAAGACACAGGCGUUGGACAGGCAAAUAUACUCACCGAUGCUGUCUUCGGCCGUGGCUCAGUUGGUAUGGCAACAAAGCACCAAUUUUGGAUGUGGAGUGAAAUGGUGUGUCUCGAUGAGUGUGCAGGCUGCCAUUACGUGAAGUAG